AUGUUCUGGAGAUUCGGCGGUUACGCCAACAUCUCGACCAUUGACACAAUCCUCGAGAAGCCAGACUUCUCUCUAGAGGAUCUCCUAGACGAGAGCGAUUUGAUACAAGAGCUUAAGCAGCACAAUACGAAGCUCAUCGAGUACCUGCGCGAGGAUAAGGUUCUGCAAAAGCUUCUCGAAUAUGUCGUCGCACCCAAGCUCGAACCUGUCGAGAACCCUGAUGAGGACAAGGAGGGAGACGAAGAUAAGAAGAAGGGCAAAUUAGUUCUGCCCUUUGGCCGCCCGCGUGCCUCAUCCGGCGCCACCACCGACGGUGAGCACGAUGAAGACGAGGGCGAGAAGAAGCGCAACCGCUAUGCCUACGUUGCCGCCGAGGUGCUGUCUUCAGAUAACUGGAGCAUCUAUGAGGCACUCAUGGAAAGCACUUCGUUGCUUCGCGACUUUUGGAAUUUUCUGAAACUGCCUGCCCCUCUCGAUCCUCUGCAAGCAAGCUACUUUACAAAGGUCAACGAGUCCUUGUUUGAUAAGAAGACUGAGGAGAUGCUCGACCUUCUCAAGUCGCUUGAUAGGGCUAUUCCAGAUAUGCUGCGCCAUGUUGAUUGUCCCAUGAUCAUGGAUCUACUGCUCAAAAUCAUCAGUCUCGAGAGAACCGAUUCGGGCCAGGGUAUAGUCGAGUGGUUGUAUACUAAAGAUGUGAUGCCCACGUUGCUAUCCUUCCUCGGACCUGAACACAGUUGGGCAACCCAGACUUCGGCUGGCGACUUCAUGAAGGCUAUCAUUACCGUAUCGGCCAACGCCUCACAGAAUGAGCAAGCCUGCAUCGGACCUAACGAGCUCACCCGUCAGCUCGUCUCGAAACCCUGUGUCGAGCAGCUGAUCGGUUAUAUGCUCGGCGGUGGCAACCCCUUGACAGUGGGCGUUGGCAUCAUUAUCGAGGUUAUACGAAAAAACAACUCUGACUACGAUCCGGAUGUCGGCCCCGAUAACAACGCGGCUCCCUCUUCUCGGGACCCCAUCUACCUAGGAACGCUCCUCCGCCGCUUCGCCGAUCGAGUCCCUGAUUUCAUGAAUCUUAUCAUGAAUACCAAUGCACAGAAACAGCGUAUUGCCUCAACCUUUGACGAUGACAUCGAACCCUUGGGUUUUGAUCGCUUUAAAACCUGUGAGUUGAUGGCCGAGUUGCUGCACUGCAGCAACAUGGCUCUGCUUAACGAAGUUGGUUCGGAGCAGGUCAUCGCUCUGCGCGACCAGGAAAGGCGGAGACUGCGAGCUGAGGGCAAGCUCGUGCCUAUCCGCACCGAAGAGGCACAGUCCUCCGCCGAGGAUCUGACCAUGCGUGGUCGUCACUCCUCGCCAGAUGACAGCCGACGUCUAGAGAUCACCAAUGCCUCUGACGACGACGGCUUUGAGGAGGUCACACCCUCCGGCGAUAUGACAGAGGACACAUCCCACGAAUUUGUCAAGGCCGAGGACGAAAUGCCAUCAGGACCCAUCUCUUCAUUCUUGGACAAGGAUGAUGAUGAUGAUUUUGUCGAUGAACCACUCAGCUCACCGAGACUGCACGUCCAGGACGCUAAGGUCAAUGACUUGCCAGAUAUUGAGAAUCCCGACAUGGUUGUUGCGCCACUGUCCCCUAAGAAGGUUGCUGCCGAACCUGCCGCUGCUCAGGUCGGCCAGACCGAGAGUAAUGAAACGACAUCUUCGGAAGACUCUGCCACAGCAGCAUUGGAUAUCGCGCCAGUUGGACAAGAGGGUGUGGAAGCUACAAGCAUCAGUGCCCCUUCAUCAGAGAACACCGCAGAGGUGGCCGCAGCAGAAAGCCAAUUGGCCGGUGAUAAGCUGCAGGCAGAGCUAGAGUCGACCAUUUCUGAUCUGACAGCGAGCAACAAGGUUGAAAUUCCAACCAAAGGGCUCGAAGGCGACUCUGAAUCUACCCACACAGUCACUGGCGCAAAACCAGGAGCUAUUGAGUUGGAAGCGACACCUGCCACCGACUCCGGCGACGGCUCCAUUGUGGUGGGACACGAUGCUGAGCAACCUACUCAGCAGCGCCCUAUCAAUGAAUCGACUGAGCCAGUUGUGGGUGACUAUCUCAAGAUGCAAUUUGUCGAACAUAAGGUUGUCCCGACGAUAUUGUCGUUUUUCUUCAAGUACCCAUGGAACAAUUUCCUUCACAAUGUAGUCUAUGAUAUUGUGCAACAAGUCUUCAACGGCCCUAUUGAUCGCGGGUUCAACCCGACUCUAGCGAUUUCUCUAUUCGAGGCCGCCGAUAUUACGAAUGCCAUUAUAGAUGGACAAAACCGCAGCGAGGAGUCUCAAGCCAAGAACAAGACCCGCAUGGGCUACAUGGGUCAUCUUACCCUUAUUGCCGAGGAGGUAGUCAAGUUCACGGAGCGCAACCCUCCGGAGCUCUUGUCCGAGCUGGUGCUCGACCGAGUCAUGAGUCAAGAUUGGAUCAAUUAUGUCGAAGGCGCAUUAGCAGAGACGCGCGAGAGAGAUAAUGCCAUUCUCGGCGGUGUCAGGCCCGAGGUUGCCAUGAGUAAUCGUGCGGCAAUGGCCGGAAACAAUCUUGGUAUGGCCCUUGGACAGAUCGGCCUUGGUAGUACCCAGGGUUCGAAUGCUCUUUCUGAAGCAGGUCUUAAUGGCGGAGCAGACGACAAUGGAAGUGCGAGUAGCUACGGCGGCGCCUUCGCGAUUGGCGGUGGCAUUGCUGGAUCAGGCUCGGACUUUGAUCGCAACUCUAGCGACGAGGACGAAGAUUCGGAAGAGAACGAAGAGGACGCAGUUCAUGAGUUCCGCUCCUAUACGGGCUCUUUGAACGAUCAAUCGUCCCUGGAUCCACCCUCAAUCCCGCCUCCCCCGCCGCCCCCGCCGCCGUUGAAUGUUCCGCCGUCUCGCGCCCGUUUGCAAUUGGCGGCCCGCCUAGCUAUGCACCAGAAGAAUAGUGCGGGUGCUUCUGCUCAGUCUGCUCAUAUCGAGGGUGGCGACGAUGAGGACGAAGAUGGUGAUUUGCAACUCACAAGAGAGCCUGACAGCAUUCUACGGAAUCCAUUUGAGGACGAUGCCGAAGAUGUUGACGACGAUAGCGAUGAUGGUCUAGGUGGAGACGAGAACUCGGCCUGGAACUCUCAUGGACGCGGUAGCUGGUGGCGAAGUGCGCUCUCGCGGAACCGGCAAGAAAAGUUUGGCGAUGGGCGUGACGAUUCUGACUCGGACAAUGACGACCAAGGCGACGAAGAAGACGAGGAAUUCGGCGAUUUUGCCAUGCCUGAAGAAGAAGCCCACAAUGAGAAGAGCAAUGUCAUUGUGAAACCCCUGCCGGUUCAUCCUCCCAAUCAGAACCAGAAAAGUUCAGCUUUCACAAGUCUAUGGCCGUUCAGUAGUCAAGGUUUCGGAUCCAAGGACAAAGAAAAGGAGAAAUCAAAAGAGGGGGACUCUGAGAAACCGGAGCACGAGGAGAUCAGCAGUGAUGAUGGGGGAAAGAUUAAAAGCACCCAUGAGGCCAAGGCACGGUCGAGUAUCGAGGACCCUGACGAUGAGGAGGUUGUCGUCUAG